ACUCACACUAGCUGAGCUGAAUGAUAACCCCACGCCCACGAAAACCCCACCAAAAACCCCCUGUAGUGUCUCCGAAUCCAAGACUCGAUUCUCUCACAGAUUUGAAGACCACAAAAACCGAACCAGAAAAAUAAUCGAAUCGAAUCGAAAAACCAGUAACACUCCUUAGCUAUUAUUAUAUUGCAGCUUUCCCUAAUCAGAAACGAAGAACCCUAACAAUCGUCGCUCUUCGAUUCUCCGUUAGGCAUGAAAGAAGGGGCAGCGGCAUCGGCAUCAGGGGACGAUGGACCGCCCAACCGGGAGCUUUACGCUCUGCUGCACUUAUCCCCAGAAGCUUCCGACGAAGAAAUCAGGAAAGCGUACCGCCAGUGGGCCCAGGUGUAUCACCCCGACAAAUACCAAGCUCCGCAGAUGAAGGAAAUUGCUACCGAAAACUUUCAACGGAUAUGUGAAGCCUAUGAAAUUUUAUCUGACGAGGGGAAAAGGCAGAUAUAUGAUAUAUAUGGCAUGGAAGGAUUGACUUCUGGUUUGGAACUUGGUCCUAAACUGAAUAAAGCAGAAGAAAUUAAGGAAGAACUAGAACGAUUACGUCGUAGGAAGGAGCAGGAAAAGGUCUCAGCACACAUCCAACCUUCUGGUUCAAUUAUGGCCCAUUUGUCCUUGCCGCAGUUUCUAGAUGGUCGUGGCAUCAUGAGAGGAAUGGCAAUGGCAAGUGAAGUUCAUUCUCAAAUAUCCAAACGCAAUGCUAUUGCGAUAGGUGGAAAUCUGGAAGUCAGUGGAAACUCUGGUGGUAGUGCUGCCACCGUUGUACUUAGGCAUCAGAUAUCGUCAGUUUCCUCCAUAGAAGUCAUGGGUUCUGUGGGUUUACGCGCAUUGGUUGGUGUGCAAAUAACUCGCAACCUAACACCGCACUCCACAGCAACAAUGGGUAUGGCGAUGUCUUUAAGAGACGGUACAAUUAAUCUUUCCAAUGCUUGGACUCGCCAACUAUCUGAGACAUCAAAUGGAAAUAUACAGCUUGUUUUGGGGCCAGAGUCAUCUGUAGCUGUUGGAUGGCAGAAGAAAGAGGAGAAGAUGUCCGCUGCUGGAGAGAUUAAGAUUGGCACAAGUUCUUUUGGCGCAUCAGCUCACUAUACUCAUCGCUUCUCCAAAAAGUCGCAUGGGCGUAUUGCAGGCCGGGUUGGAAGCUCUACUCUUGAAAUUGAAGUUGGGGGUGGGAGGAAAAUAUCACAGUUCAGCACUGUCCGCAUGUUGUAUUCAGUUGGAAUUCGGGGUAUAUUUUGGAAAUUUGAACUACAUCGUGGAGGCCAAAAGUUAAUCAUUCCUAUUCUGCUUUCCAGGCAUUUGAAUGCGGUGGUUGCAACUGGAGCGUUUGCAAUUCCAACAUCACUUUACUUUGUACUCAAGACAUUCAUAGUCAAACCUUAUUAUCUUAAACGUGAAAAGCAGAAGGCAUUGGAGAAUACGGAAAAGACAUCAGCUCAGGUUCGAGAGGCGAGGGCAGCUGCUGAGAAAGCUCAGCAUUUGUUGCAGAAUGUGGCCAAUAGGAAGAGGAGUAGGCAACUAGAGACAGAUGGACUGGUGAUUACAAAAGCAGUUUACGGAAGUCAAAAAGCUUUGAAGAAAAGAGACGCAGCAGGAGAAGCAAAAGAUGAAUUAGCUUCACAAGUCCUUGAUGUCACUUUGCCCCUGAAUUUUUUGGUCAAUGAUUCUGGGCAACUUAAGCUUCAUGAGGGUGUAAAGAAGUCGGGCAUUAUGGGCUUCUGUGAUCCUUGUCCGGGAGAACCUAAGCAGUUACUUGUGGAAUACACUUAUCAAGGCGAGCAAUACGAGGUGGUGGUCGGUGAUUAUGAAGAGCUUUUAAUUCCCCAGGCAGCGCACAGAAUCUGAAUGGCACCCAACCCCUGAAACAAGAAGUGGUUGGCUUCUUACAAUUUUGCAUGCUUUUCAAAGCAUCCCUUGGUAGAUUCCCUUCCCCAUCUUUUCUUUCUGACUAUUUUGUUGUGUUAUUUUUUGUCAUAAACUUGUAACAUUAAUAUGGGCAUGAGAGGAAUAAUGGUGUUACGGUGUAAUUGCUUUCAUCAUUUGAUGCUGUGAAAUGAAAAAAAAAAAGAGGUUAUUUUUUUGUUCA